AUGACGGCAACCGUCUAUGAAGAGCCUUUCAAGGUCGCAAUUGAGGAGAGGCCGAUGCCCAAAAUUCAGCAUCCUAAUGACUGCAUCGUAAAGAUUACCACGGCAGCCAUCUGCGGGUCUGACCUUCAUAUGUAUGAAGGCCGCACCGCUGCUGAGAAGGGCACGGCAUUUGGCCAUGAGAAUAUGGGAAUCAUAGUCGAAACCGGUCCCGGUGUCUCCAGAGUGAGGAAAGGGGAUCGGGUAGUCCUGCCAUUCAAUGUAUGUGACGGCCACUGCAAGAAUUGCGAAGAGGGUAAAACUGCCUUCUGCACGGGCGUGAAUGGUGACUUCGCAGGAGGCGCUUACGGAUUCGUUGGACUGGGUCCAUACGCAGGAGGCCAAGCCCAGUACCUCCGCGUCCCCUGGGCAGACUCCAACUGCCUCUUACUCCCUGCUGGGACCGCCCACGAGGCCGACUUCGUCCUCUUAGCAGACGUCUUCCCAACAGGAUGGCAUGGUCUUGAACUCUCCGGUUUCAAGCCUGGAGAGUCGGUUGCUGUGUUUGGAAGCGGGCCUGUCGGCCUCAUGGCUGCAUAUUCAGCCGUUUUGCGUGGCGCAUCUCGAGUCUUUGUUGUUGAUCGGGUACCGGAACGCCUUGCGGCCGCCAAAAAGAUUGGUUGCACUGCGGUGGACUUCAGCAAGGGGGACCCGGUCCAGGCGAUCAUUAAGGAGAAUGGAGGGAUGGUGGAUAGAAGCGUUGAUGCGGUUGGCUAUCAAGCCAAGGGUCUGGAUGGAAAGGAAGCCCCGAACAUGAUGCUGGAGCAUUGCAUUAGAGUCACGAGACCGACGGGUGGUAUCGGUCUUCCUGGUCUGUACGUACCUAGUGAUCCUGGAGCGCCGGAUGCAAAUGCGGCUCAGGGCAAGCUAUUGAUCAGCUUUGGAAAGUUAUGGGAGAAGGGGCUCCACGUCGGAACUGGCCAAGCCAACAUAAAAGCAUACAACCGCUACCUUCGCGACAUGAUCAUGAACGGACGCGCCAAACCCUCCUUCAUCGUCUCGCACGAGAUUGGACUCAAUGACGUUCCUACAGCUUAUUCGAAAUUCGAUCAGAGAGCAGAUGGAUAUACUAAAGUUUUGAUCCAUCCCAAUGGCCCAGUGGCAGCCGCAGCAUAA